AGAAAGUACCAUGAUUGAAGCUCACGUUGACGUCAAGAGUACCGAUGGUUAUUUGCUUCAUCUAUUCUGUGUGGGUUUUACUAAAAAACGCAACAAUCAGAUUCAGAAGACCUCUUAUGCCCAGCACCAGCAGGUCCACCAAAUUCGGAAGAAGAUGAUGGAAAUCAUGACCCAAGAGGUGCAGACAAGUGACUUGAAAGAGGUGGUCAAUAAAUUGAUUCCAGACAGCACUGGAAAAGACAUAGAAAAGACUUGCCAAUCUAUUUAUCUGCUCCAUGGUGUCUUUGUUAGAAAAGUAAAAAUGCUGAACAAGCCCCAGUUUGAAUUGGGAAAACUCAUGGAGCAACAUGGUGAAGGUAGUAGUUCUGGGACUUCCCUGGUGGCACAUUCUGGAAAAGCUACUGGGGAUGAGGCAGGUGCUAAAGUUGAAUGAGUUGAUGGAUAUUAGCUGCCAGUCCAAGAAUCUGUUUAA